CCCGCCCCGGGCCGCGGCCGCCCGGAACUGGCAGCGGCGGCCGGCCAUGGUGCGGAUCGCGGCGGUGAAGACCCAGCCGUACGGCGACCAGAAGCCCGGCACCAGCGGGCUGCGCAAGCGGGUGACCGUCUUCCAGAGCAAUGCCAACUACACCGAGAACUUCAUCCAGAGCAUCCUGGCCACCGUGCCGGCGGCCGAGCGGCAAGAGGCCACGCUGGUGGUGGGGGGGGACGGCCGCUUCUACAUGAGGGACGCCAUCCAGCUCAUCGUCCGCAUCGCUGCCGCCAACGGGAUUGGCCGCUUGGUCAUUGGGCAGAAUGGCAUUCUGUCCACCCCUGCGGUGUCCUGCAUCAUCAGGAAAAUCAAAGCCAUUGGUGGAAUCAUUCUGACAGCCAGCCACAACCCCGGUGGGCCCAGUGGAGAUUUUGGCAUUAAAUUCAAUAUUGCCAAUGGAGGCCCUGCUCCUGAAGGUAUCACAGAUAAAAUUUUCCAAAUCAGCAAGAAAAUUGAGGAGUAUGCAAUCUGCCCAGAUCUCCACGUGGACCUGAGCACCAUUGGGAAACAGCAGUUCGACUUGGAGAACAAAUUUAAACCAUUUACAGUGGAAAUUGUGGACUCGGUAGAAGCUUAUGCAAAUAUGCUCAGGAACAUCUUUGACUUCAAUGCAUUAAAGGAACUGCUUUCAGGGAAAAACCACCUCAAGAUUCGCAUAGACGCUAUGCAUGGAGUUGUGGGCCCUUAUGUAAAAAAGAUCCUGUGUGAGGAGCUUGGAGCCCCAGCAAAUUCAGCUGUGAACUGCACCCCGCUGGAGGACUUUGGUGGCCACCAUCCCGACCCCAACUUAACCUACGCUGCUGACCUGGUCCAGACCAUGAAAACAGGAGAGUAUGACUUUGGAGCUGCCUUUGAUGGAGACGGGGAUCGCAACAUGAUUCUUGGGAAACACGGCUUCUUUGUGAACCCCUCCGACUCUGUUGCUGUCAUCGCUGCCAAUAUUUUCAGUAUCCCUUAUUUCCAGCAGACCGGCGUCCGUGGCUUUGCCCGGAGCAUGCCCACCAGCGGGGCUCUCGAUAGGGUGGCCCAUGCUACAAAGAUCGCUUUGUAUGAAACUCCAACUGGCUGGAAGUUCUUUGGAAACUUGAUGGAUGCAAACAAACUGUCUCUGUGUGGAGAGGAAAGCUUUGGUACUGGCUCUGACCAUAUCCGUGAGAAGGAUGGGCUGUGGGCUGUCCUGGCUUGGCUGUCCAUCCUAGCCACCCGCAAGCAGAGCGUGGAGGACAUCAUGAAGGAUCACUGGCAGAAAUACGGCAGGAACUUCUUCACCAGAUACGACUACGAAGAGGUGGAUGCAGACGCAGCUAACAAAAUGAUGAAGGAUUUGGAGACAGUGAUGUUUGACCGUUCCUUUGUGGGGAAGCAGCUAUCGUGUGGUGACAAAGUCUACACGGUUGAGAAAGCUGAUAAUUUUGAGUACAGUGAUCCUGUGGAUGGAAGCAUCUCCAGAAACCAGGGCCUGCGGCUCAUCUUCUCCGACGGCUCCCGUAUCAUCUUCAGACUAAGCGGUACUGGCAGUGCUGGAGCAACCGUGCGGCUGUACAUCGACAGCUAUGAGAAGGAUGCUCAGAAGAUACAUGAAGACCCACAGGUCAUGUUGGCACCUCUCAUUUCUAUUGCACUGAAACUUUCACAGCUUCAUGAAAGAACCGGCCGCACCGGUCCGACCGUCAUAACCUAAAGCCUUGGUCAGACAUCAUGCUGGAGUGCACACAGGCCGACUUCCUUCACUCGGUUGCCCCUUUUAUCGUCAACUCUGUCACUAAAAGAGGAAUAUUAGUUUUAUCUCUGUAUUUAAGAACACUAUUGAACUCCUAAGGAUAGACAAUAAAACCCAGCCCCUGUCAA